AUGAUGUCAGCCGCUGCCGGGGCAGACAACCAGCAUCCCGUCAAGACUGUGGUCUACCUGGAGGAGGGUACACAGAAGUUUGAGUUCAUUGGCAAACUCAAGGAAGCCUGGUAUGACACCAAGGACGUUACGAAGAUCAUCCAGUCUAACUUGCGCUCCAGGAUGAUCAUAAACAACAACACCAUGGCAGGUGAUCCUGCACCUGGUACAGUGAAAUCCUUGAAGCUCGUGUUUGAGGGUGAUGCGGUAUACUUCAUCCCAGAAAGAUGCCGCACGAUCUUGCAAGGCAAAGUCAAGACAGCGGAGUACGGAGCAGGACAACUGCAAGCCAGUGUCGUCGAGGAAGUGAACCGAAUGAUGCCCAGAGUUGCGGCCUCCAAUGCGGAUCAUGAUAUUGGAAAGGACCCAGCCCGGGGGCGUUUCAAGUGGCUGAAGAUCGUCUUCUCGGGUGAGCCUGACCUGCGCCGAUGGAGGUAUGACAACAUCCACGCUAUCAAUGGCGUAAUCACCAGCCGAAGCCGAUUGUGA